UUCACCGCGAGCAGUCAUCACGAAUACAGUGCACAAUGACUCCAAUUAUUGUCUCCGCAUUUUCCUUCUACAUUCUUCUGUGUGCAGUAAUGGCAAAACCCACGGAAAUCGCAAGCGAUAGUGAACUUAAAAGUGUUGAAGAAUAUCGUUCAGUUCAGCUUAACAGUAAUGAUAGUGGUGAUUUAAAUACAAUUUCUGCGUCAGGCAAUGUGCCUGUUGCUGGUGUUAAAAGUUCGAGACGGAGACGACACGCAAUGAAGGGCUCUGGAUGUCCUAGUGAUACUGUCAAGGCCUAUGGUAGCUGUUUACCAUUUGACGUAUAUGAACAGAUUCUACCAGAUAUUAUGGAUCGGUAAUUUCUAAGAACCCGACGAUGGUCUCAGUAUGGAAAUCUAGACUUUUCUGUGAACAACAAUUUGGAAAUACUCAAAUUCAUAAUCGACAAUGGUUAUUCAUUUAUUUAUUACAAUUCUAUGCUGCUUACACCAAACAACAUUAUAAAUUAGUUAGUAUUUAUACAGCUAUGUUUUUAUGAUAACUAUCGUGAGACAUAAUAAAUUAACUAAAAUCGCGGGUUACUCACG